AUGAAGAGCUGCAAGCAUGAAUCCUGGCUGUCUCUACAUGGAGAAGAGAAAUUUCUGUUGCAUUGUGCCAGUACUUUGAACGAUAUAAUCACAGGCCUCGACAAACCUGCUAGCAAGAGCCCGAGUCUGGUCGUCAUGCUUGGCAGUGCUGCAAAGGGAACCUUAUUGACUGAUGCUUUUCCCUAUAGUAGAACCUGUGUGAGCAGCGAAGCAUCUCAUGGAGUGACUCUGCAACUAGAUUCGGCUACCGCUUUUAGUGACCAUCCAAUCCUGAUUGCACACGAAGAUAUCUCGAGACGGAGCACGGCCUUAGCAGAGCCCGCAGCCGCUCCUUGUCACCGCCAAACGGUACGUGGAUUGCAGUGGGAAGCGGGUAGUUUAACUGAGGCUUUUGAUAGCCUACAUAGUAGACUGAUUCGCCCUUUUACGGACGUGGUUUGUUUCUUCUCUACAGGGACUCGCGACGUGCGCCACCAGGUGGAGCGUAUGUUACCGUGGCUCGAACAGACACGUGAUCGAGAGUCCAGUACCACAGCACAUCCUCGAUUACUCUUUGUAGCAUCAUCUACAGAAAAACGAAGCGAGGCCGCUGUAAAAAGUCAUUUGGUAGAACUCUUACGUACGCGUUCGAAACAAAACAAAUUUGACUCAUUUUCUCACCUCUCUGUGUAUGUCAAGCAUACUAGCACCCAGACGCUUACCGACCGCAUCAAACGCGAAGUGGAUGCAAGUAGAAACGAGCGUGUUCGUAGCCGCACCCUCCUAAACGCAGUGCAUUUUGAUAUUCUCUUUCGUCAGGCUUGCGAUCAUUUCGUCAGCAACGAACAAGUCCCGUUCGACAUGAUCGCUGCGUCGCGAUCGCACCGCCCCGUGUCUACGCAUUUGCAUACAUAUCUGAGCGUCCUUUUUGACUCGGUAGACAACAUGGAAGAAAUAAUAGAGUUUGCAAUUCCAUUUGCUGCAGGCUGUUUUGUGGUGGAUAACUAUGCAUACGACGUGCCCUUCUUCAACCCGCUCCAAGUGUUCACAACUCACUACAAGUCCUAUAUAGAUGCAUAUGGAAACAAAGUCUUGAAGCCUUCGAGACACGGUGGCAAUCUAGUGCUGCUGCUUCGCAGUCAAUUGGUUGCACUUACGGAGCAGCACUUCGUAGAAAGAAGUAAGAUGCUAUGCCCCAAUCCUCGCACGAGACUACUAGCAGAUUUUCAGCCAUGGCUUGCGACGAGGAAGCUUUACAAGGUCUGCUUAGCUUGCAUGCAAGCAGAUCCGCAGCAUAAGCUCACGUGUGGCCAUGUGGUCUGCGAGAAAUGCUUCAUAGAUAUGGGGAACUCCCCUGCAACGGAUCCCUAUCUCUACACGUUGAACUGCUGUCCCUUUUGCUCUCAGAUAUCUGAAGUCACUGUGCGCGUGAAACCAGCCACUGCUGGUCUUCGCGUGCUCUCUAUCGAUGGAGGUGGCAUCCGAGCCGCAAUUCCUAUACAAUUUCUCUGCGCGCUUGAAAACGCUAUCGGUCUCGAUAUCCCGAUUCAGGAACACUUUGACCUCGCAUAUGGAACAAGUUCAGGUGGCCUGGUCGUUCUGGCGCUCUACGGCCUGGGUAUGCGAGUUGAUGAAUCUUUCCAUUUAUUCAGCCAGUUGGCAGCGCGCAUAUUUCGCGGACGAAGUUAUUUUGGAUUAGGUAUCUUCACUGCACUCUAUGCCCUUGUCACUUCGUGGCGCCAUGGCCGUUUUCCUUCCAGCGACAUUGAGGGUGCCCUGGCGGAGCUCUUUGGCGAAGCCACCAUGUUGGAUCUCCAGUACGUGUCUUCGAUUGGAGCGCGAGUCGGUCUUCCUGUCGUCGAUGCCGACACACUCGACACAUGUCUAGUAACGAGCUAUAACGGAUCGACUUCAAGAUACAAUGAUCAGGAAUAUGCAAAUAUAUCAACAUACCGGCUUUUACGCUCAGAUGAUGCGACAAGUGAGAUACGCAUUAAGGACGCUGCACGAUGUACGUCAGCCGCCCCAUGGUAUUUCACGCCAAAUAAGAUACCUGGUCUUGGUACAUUCAUGGAUGGCGGGCUGAGCGACAACAAUCCCUGCAUGCUUGCCGUACAAGAGCUGCACAAAAUCGCUCCUGAGUUGAGACGUGCAGACCACUUCGUAUCCGUUGGGACAGGCAUUUCGACUACGCGGAAGGUUGCCAAAACAGGCUUCUAUCCUAGUUUACUUUUCGGAAACAGUUCUUUGCAGCAGACGGCCGAGCACUACUGGAGCGAAAAUUUCAACGGGGAUAAGCGAUUCGCCCUCAUGCGGCAAAUCAUGGCCGCAUCAUUGCCUGGAGGGAUUGCUAGCACAAAAAAAUGGCUCCAUCGAUUCAACCUACCCGUAGAAGGUGAGCUACCUAAUCUAGAUGACUUUUCCGCUAUAGGGAGUCUUGCUGAGGCGGCGAGCUCCUACUUUACGGCGGACCCGGCUGUGCGUGACUUGGCCGAUGCUGCUCUCGCUCUCACAUUUUACUUUGAGUUACAGCCGGGACGCAUGCCCAUUUAUGAGCGCGGCUCCUACACGUGUUAUGGGACGAUUCGGUGUCGCAUCCCGGGGCUCAGCCCCGCAUUUUGCCAGUUAAUGCAGAAACUCGAUUGCCUAGAGGCAACGUUCCAGAUCCAAAUGCAAGUGUAUGAUGCAAAAGAAAAGAUAUCACGAUGGCUUGAUAGGCAUGGGAACUUCGGUAAACCCGUAUGUUUGCGUGUUCCUUCGUUCGACGACGAACUAGACAUCCGCUUGAGAUUGCACAAGGACCGUAUCCAUCAUAUCAGUGCUUCACCUAUGACCUUUAGAACCCUGAUUGACCUACAGAUGCUCGAAUGGAGUGCGCUUAAAGACAUGCACGCCACUCCACGUACGACAAGCAAAAAGAGACGACGAGACGAUUCGCCUUUGCAGCCAGCUAAGCGGCAUUGUUCAGGGAUGCCGUGA